CGGCACCCACUGCUCUCCUCACCCACCCACCCACCCCAAUUUAAGAGAGAGAAACACCACACACAUGCGAGAGAGAGAGAGAGAGAGAGAGAGAGAGCACACACGCACGACACACACAGCGCAUCGACAUUUGCAGGCUCCUUCAAAUCAAAUCUCCACCUAAAUUCUUAGCCACCGAUGCUCUGCGCUGCGAUGAAACCCUAAGGACUUCUCUCCGUCUUCCGCUCAGCUUCCUUCGUCUUUGGCUUCCGCUUCUCUUCUCUUCUCUUGCCUUGUGCUUUUUUUUUUUUCUUCCCUUUUUCAGCUUCGGAUACGGAUAAGAUACGCCGUCAUCGGAUGAUCGGAAUGUCACGUGCCUGCACCGAAGAUCCGACGCCUGCCGGCUGCUCUCCACCUGCCUUCCUGCCCUGAAUGCCUCGAUUCUUCUAGUUCCUGACUCCGAUUCACUUUGUCCGCGACGAUCUGUGAGUACCGCUGCUUCUUUCUUUCACAAGAUCUGAAGGGAUUAGGGGAAUUGAGUGGGAUGUGAUUUGCAUGGGGUGAGGAUGCCAGAGCUGAGAAGUGGAGCCCGAAGAUCAAAGCGACUUGAUGAUCUUCAGCCUAACCCACAACCUAUUGAUCAACCAGACAAUUGGUUACUUCCUGCUCAAAACAGAACCAGGAGAAGAGUUGGUGGAAGAGGAAGGGGUUCUAAUGCUACACCCGUAGCAAAAGGGCCUGGAGCAGCAAUACCAACUAGGCCAACUGCUGCUGGCAGGGGCAGGGGUAUUAGGCUGAUAGAUUUAGACCCGGAUCCUCCGUGUGAGAUCAUUCCUGAAGCUGCUGCUGUAGGGGCUGCAGAUCCUGCUUACAACAGAAUUGAAAGGGUAGCAGAUAAAGAUAUUGUGAUGGAGGGUGGAAGUGCGGAGAAGAUAAUGGGAGUUGAAGAAGAAGCAAGCACAACGCCAGUCCCUGAGAGAGUACAAGUGGGUAAUUCUCCUGCAUAUAAAGUAGACAGAAAGUUGGGCAAGGGUGGUUUUGGCCAAGUUUAUGUUGGCAGAAGGGUAAGUGGUGGCACUGAGAGGACGGGAGCAGAUGCAAUCGAGGUGGCAUUGAAGUUUGAGCACCGAAAUAGUAAAGGUUGCAAUUAUGGCCCUCCUUAUGAGUGGCAAGUGUACAACACGUUGAAUGGGUGUUAUGGGAUUCCAUGGGUUCACUACAAGGGUCGUCAAGGAGAUUUCUAUAUACUGGUCAUGGAUAUGCUAGGACCAAGUCUUUGGGAUGUCUGGAAUUCUUAUGGUCAAUCUAUGUCCCCAAAUAUGGUGGCUUGCAUUGCUGUGGAAGCAAUAUCAAUCCUUGAAAAGCUUCACUUGAAGGGGUUUGUGCAUGGAGAUGUGAAGCCAGAGAAUUUUUUACUUGGUCAACCUGGCACUCCUGAUGACAAGAAGCUCUAUCUUAUUGAUCUCGGUUUGGCAUCUAAAUGGAAAGAUGCAUCAUCUGGUCAGCAUGUUGAAUAUGAUCAGAGGCCUGACAUAUUCAGGGGAACAAUAAGGUAUGCAAGUGUACAUGCACAUUUAGGCCGGACAGGUAGUAGAAGGGAUGAUCUCGAGUCAUUAGCAUACACAUUGAUCUUUCUCAUUAAGGGAAGGCUACCAUGGCAGGGUUACCAAGGAGACAACAAGAGUUUCCUUGUUUGUAAGAAGAAAAUGGCAACUUCUCCGGAGUUGAUGUGUUGCUUCUGCCCUCCGCCAUUUAAACAGUUUCUUGAAGCUGUGACAAAUAUGAAAUUUGACGAGGAGCCAAAUUAUGCAAAGCUCAUUUCUCUUUUUGAAAGCUUGAUUGAGCCAUGCACUCCAUUGAGACCAAUUAGAAUUGAUGGAGCUCUUAAGGUUGGGCAAAAGCGGGGAAGAUUGCUUAUAAAUUUGGAAGAAGAUGAGCAACCAAAGAAGAAAAUACGAUUAGGUAGCCCAGCCACUCAGUGGAUUUCAGUUUACAAUGCACGUCGUCCCAUGAAGCAGAGAUAUCACUACAAUGUAGCUGAUUCAAGGCUGCGCCAGCAUGUAGACAAGGGUAAUGAAGAUGGGUUAUAUAUCAGCUGUGUUGCCUCUUCAACAAAUCUUUGGGCCCUAAUCAUGGAUGCUGGGACUGGUUUCUGUUCCCAGGUUUAUGAACUGUCAGCUGCUUUCCUACAUAAGGAUUGGAUUAUGGAACAGUGGGAAAAAAAUUAUUACAUCAGUUCUAUAGCUGGUGCAAAUAAUGGGAGUUCCUUGGUGGUUAUGUCCAAAGGAACUCCCUAUACCCAACAGUCCUACAAAGUGAGCGAAUCCUUUCCUUUCAAGUGGAUUAAUAAGAAAUGGAAAGAAGGGUUCCAUGUUACUUCCAUGACUACUGCUGGCAGUCGCUGGGGCGUGGUAAUGUCAAGGAACUCUGGAUAUUCAGAUCAGGUCGUGGAGCUUGAUUUUCUGUAUCCGAGUGAAGGCAUACACCGGCGAUGGGAGAGUGGUUAUAGGAUAACAUCUAUGGCUGCUACUGCUGAUCAAGCAGCCUUCAUACUAAGCAUACCGAAACGGAAAAUGAUGGACGAAACUCAAGAAACCCUGCGUACUUCCGCCUUUCCAAGUACCCAUGUAAAGGUAGGUCAUGUGCUUCCCUGCUCCCUCCCCCCCCACUCAAUAGUCAAAAUCCUCGACGUCUGCUCUUCUAGACUCGCAGGAAUUUAUGAAUUUAGAAUUUGAUCCCAAUGAAGGGUCUUUGUUUCAUCUGCCUCAUGCAUUCCAUGCAUGUUGAUUUCUUUCUUUAUUCUUUCCUCUAGAGUUCUAAAGUGUGAUCCCGGAAUACCCGAGUCCUGAAAGAUACUAUAUGGCUUCCUAUUCUAGAAAACACACUAUGUUUUGGGCGUUCUUGGCUAUAAUGAUUACUGAACAUCUUUAAAUUCUGGCCAUUCACUAUGCAAUUGAUUCUUCUUGCAGGAAAAAUGGUCCAAAAAUCUCUACAUUGCAUCGAUCUGUUAUGGCCGGACUGUUUGCUAAUGUGUAGUAGAGUGUAUAUUUGUUAAUUUGGUGAAGAGAAAUGGGUUAAAAUUUUGAAUGCCCGAGAGGAAGUUUCCGGUUGGAGGUUUUUGCUGUUAAGAGGGGUGGGGAUAGUUGCUUUCUCUCGUAAUCAGAAGGAACUUCAGAAUUCUUAUUGGAGAACCCUCUUUUUUAUGUUACUGUAAAAGGUUUAUAAAGGAAAGGAAAAACAACAGGUUCAAGAGUUGCAAAUAGGUGCCCUGGAACCAACCUGAGCUGGUGAGGACUGUUUGUUUAAUAACUUGUACAUUGAAAAUACUGGCCCUUCAAUUGCCUGCCAAUUUGUGGCUUUAUGAUUGCCAAUUUCCCAUUGUGCUUUAAAUUAUCACAAAAUAAAAUAAAAAACCAUAUUUGUCUUC